AUGGAGGAAUUUGAAGCUAAUUCUACACAAAUGGCUCUGGUACUUGAAAGCGCAGGAGACAACAAUCGGUUGCAAGAAGUUUCUGGGCUUAUAAAGGAUGCUGCUGAUGAAGAGCUAAAUUUGAAAGCCAGAAUUGAAGGGGCUGAGAAGCUGCUUGCAAAGACCAGGCAAGAUAAACUUGAGCUAACUGAAGGCAUAGCCCAAAGGGUGUGUGAUCGGAGCUCUACCCUUCUUCCUCGGUUGAAAAACUUGAAUUGGCAUGAAACGGAACUCGGAUACUUCUUGGCCCGGGAGAGGAAGAAAAUGAAUAUAUUGCAACUAUUUCUGCUUGGUUUCGCAAACAAAGCUCACCAAGGAAAACCAAUUAAGCCCUGCUUGCCAGGAGAAGAGAUAGCUAAACAUAAAUUGAAUUUCCGGAUGGGACAUGGAACCAACAGUUUGGCUGAGGAAAAACAGCUUCUAAAACAGAUCAUUGUGAGCCCGAAGGAGAUCAAUGUGAGCCCGAAGGAGGGUGUUGGAUCAUUUUCCUCAUUGGAAAAUGAAUAUUAUGUGCUUUCUGAAAGUAGUUGGUGGUUGAUUCAGAGACUAUAUCAUACAACUCAGAGAAAAAUAGUUCAAUACCACCUAAGACAAAUCCACCAACUUAAAUGGCGAAGGGAGAGUUUGGCAGUUUUAUUGCUAAGGCAAUGGGAUGAACUUAUUGCUGAUGCCAAUGCUGCUGCCAAGGGAAAGAGUUGGGAUAUUUUGGGUUCAAAAAAGUCCUUACUGGAACAAAUCAAAAAAACUGGUAAGGAGAUAGAUGGAUUAACUGAAUUACUAUUGGCUGUGCGGCAAAAAUUAAGCAAGUUGAGAAAGAACUGA